AUGGAAUUGUUUGAGCCAACAAGGAAAUACGAAAUAGAUAUUUCGUCAUACACCUUACACUCUCCACUUUCACCUCAAUCACCACAUACACCGCCACUGAGUCCACCUUCACCUUAUCAAGACUCUCAUGCCUUUAAUUCAAAACAAAUCGAUAAGCCAAAAGCUAAUAAUCCUCUAGUUGAUCUAAUCGAAACCGAAAAAAUAUAUGUUUCAGAUUUAAAAUGUCUGUUACAACAAGUUACAGCAAGUUGGAGUAGAGAUAAUCUCCCCCCACUAGAGUUGGAUUUAAUGUUUCGCCAUAUUGAAAUAAUUUAUAAACAAAACAAAAAGUUUUACUCGAAACUUUCUAAAAUAGGAUCGAGUCCAGUAUUGGCAAGAGAUCUUGGUGAUACUUUAAUGGGUUGGGUCGAUGAUAUGGUGGGACCAUAUACAAAAUAUGCCGAAAACUUCAGAUUAGGUUUUGAUUCUUGGCCCGAAAUUGAAGAAAAUUCGACUUUACAACAGACUUUAAAUGAUAUUUCGGCUGAAAAGAAUCAACCUGUUUCUUUGGAUUAUUUUUUCGAUAUGCCAUUUAAACGACUUCAUUAUUACAAAAAGCUAUAUAUGCGACUAUAUAGGAGCACUGAGCCUGGACGUUCCGAUGCUAACCUAUUAUUAUCUGCAAAUGAACGAAUUGAUUUUCUUCUUGAAAUGGAGGAAGAAAUCAAAGGAGCUGUGAUGACUUCGUCAGUCUCUGAAGAAGUUGUUUCUUCAGUGGUAAUUUCAGAAGAAGUGUCUUCACUAAUAAUUUCUUCGGUUGAGGAGGAUGUUUCUUCAGCAGUAAUUUUGCCAGUUGAAAUAGAUAAUGAUGAAAAAGAUAAUAUUUCUAUCAAGUCCCCUUCAACAAAAUCACAAAAUAUUAAAUCCAUGAAUUCAAUUGAUUUAUCUCACAUUAAUGUUCAUAUGUUUUUAUUGACCGACCUUUUAUUGAUUUGUCAACAAAUCACUCAAGAAGAAAAGCAAGAAUUUUUCUUGGAAAAGGAUAUGAGAUUAUUAUAUCCACCAUUGAGUACAAAACAUCUUGCUAUCAAGGAUGUAAGCGAUGGUGAAGAAGAAAUGCUGGAAUUGACGGUUUUGCAAAAAGAAAUGAUAGUUAUUUAUGUAGAUACCAAAGAAGUUAAAGACGAUUGGUUGAAAGAAGUUACUAAAUCUAUUAACCUUUCUUUUAAUGGAACUGAAAAGCCUCAAUUGGGUAUAGAUUUAAAGGCCGCCCAUAAAUUUGAUAAUAAUUCUCAAUUAUCAACUCCUCCAAUGUCUGCAAACGCGAUUAAAAGAAGUCCAAGUGUAGGUAAUCUGAUAAGCAAACAGCAACUUAAAUCUCCAUCACCUUUAGGGUCUGGGGGGUUUAAUAGUCAAAGUUCGAGCUUAUCUCCAUCUACGCCUGGUUCAGAUUCUCCUAUCGUACGUUCACUUACGCCAGAUCCACCUCGAAAUGUGGGUGGAAAUUAUCCUGGUGAUUACGUGCCAUUUGCAGAAGGAAAUGAACAAGGAACUGGACAAGGACGUCUUAGCGAUCCAAUAUCACCUUUGGAUAUAAAAAAUAGACUGAAUGCAGGAUUACGUGAACGUUCUAAUUCUAUAGCUUCGCUCGCAUCAGUUAUGAGUAUCGCAGUUGAUCAAGAAACAAUUUUCAGAUCAUCCGCAUGUGAAGUAUUUACAUGGGUAAAUGGAGAGUGGAAGCCUUUGACUAAGAAAGAUAAGUGUAUUGUGGAAAUUCGUAUGACAGCUCAAAAAAAAGGAUGUUGGGCUAUAAUAUUGGGAUCAUCUAAUAGAAUGGUUCUUAACGCAUGGAUUUAUUCUUCAACCACCCUUCAUCGAGAGGAUGCAAAUUCUUUUAGUAUAUCAUGUGAGAUGGGACAAAGACGAGAGUUUUACAAGAUUGACACAAUAGAUAGUACAGAAUCUGAUCAAUUUAUUGAUAGCCUGUUGAAAGUUAGGGAAAGUGCAAGAGGAAGUCUCAAUGUUUCACCUGAGUUCAUUUCUCGAUCAUCUUCAUUACAAACAAUUGAACCUUUGCGGGAAGUAGAACAAACUAUUACGCAAAUUAUGGAGACUAGAUGUCGUGUAUUUUUACAAAAUGAUCAUGGAGUUUGGACAAAUCUUGGAUGGGGUAGUAUGAAAUUAUCACUUGAAACGCCUUCACACCGCAAGAGAGUUAUAGUCAAUUCUGAUAAGAAGAAAACAAAGACAAUAAUAGACGCGAUUAUCUGGGAAGAUGGUGUUGAAAGAGUUGGAAAGUGCAAAGUAGCUCUUACGUUGAAUAAUAUGGGUAAUAAUAUGCGAAUCAUUUAUUUACUUCAGAUGAAAGAUGAAGCAUCGGCUGUCAAGGUAUUUGACAUUAUGAAAGAAAAGCGGAAGAAAUGA